AUGGUCUUCGCCGAGAAAAAAUGCACACGUUCGAGCGAUGCCAAGCCCAGGCAGGCGCGGCGUGUGGCGGCGUGUCCACGUUGCCACGCAGGCCGCGCCGGCUGGCCGGCGGCACUGCGCCGCUGUACGCACGGGCUUGGAGGCCUGGAAAUGAGCACCAGCACACCGCCGAUCUUGGUGCUGGUGUCAACCUCUAAGCCUGCGGCGGGUCUCGUCCGAGCAGUGUUCUCGCCCGCAGCCGUGCGGCAAGCGGUCCGGGGAGGGAGGGAUCUCUACAGCGGAGGCCAGAUGCACAAGCAGCCCUCCACAAGAAACCCAACCCUGAGACCCCAGGGCGUCCAGUUCCUCCCCUCCCUCGGCCCCGAAUAA